AUGGAGGCGCUGCAGGAUAUCAUGGUGGUUGUCGAGCAGCUACGGCAGCUGGUGCGGCCGUCGGCCCCCGAGAACUUCGCAGUGUACGACCCGUACUACUGUGCUGGUGGUAUUGUGCAGCAGUGGAAGGAGCUUGGUGUGCAGCGGGUGUUGCACGACAACCGCGACUUCUACAAGGAUGUGGCGGAGGGAACUGUUCCGCGCGAUUACGACAUGCUCGUCACGAACCCACCCUUCAGCGGCGACCACAUUGAGCGGAUGUUUGACUACCUACUGGCGUCCAAGAGGCCUUUUGCUUUUCUGGUGCCAGACUACACGGCGACGAAAGAGUGGUAUCGGUCGGCGGUGCGGCGGCACUUCACUCCCGCGCCGCCGACCGGCAAAGGUGACAUCAACGCACCGCGUCGCGCCCGCCCGCUCGUACCAGCCGCCGUUCUGCUGCAGCCACCGCCGUUUGUCAAGACGGACGCAGAUGCGGCGUCUGGCAACAACAAUAAUACCAACAGCGGCAGUGGCGACUGUGGUGACUGUGAUGUGGUGCCAAUUGGAGUGGAGCCGUUUUAUUUGGUGCCGCGUGUCCGCUACGACUUCAAACAUCCGAAAGGCGUGGGAAACGAGCACUCGCAUUUCCGCUCCAUGUGGUUCGUGUGGGCCGGGCGGCGCACGACGGAGGUGCUCCGCGGAGCAAAGGUGGAAUUUUCUCGCUUGCACCGCGAGACGAUGACAGCGGCGGGGCGGCGGGCGGUGCCGGACGUUGUGCAUGGCCUCGACGCACUGGCGGAGGGGCACUACGUGCAGGCGGGAUCGCGGCCGAAUCCGCAACGGCGAGCGAAGCACCGAUAUCCCCGCCAGUGA